AUGGCCCUCUAUUCCCCGGUCCAUGUGCUGGACCAUUACUACCUAGCCAUCACCCUCCUGGUCACCGUGGCAUACCAGCUCAUCGGCUUCGCAGUUGCAUUCACCUUGAAGUUUGACAAGCUGACAGAUUUCAUGGGAGGAACGAAUUUCGUCUGGCUGGCCAUUCUCACGCUAAGCAUGAGCGGUACCACCCAUGCAAGGCAAAUCGUGACAUCGAUCUUGAUCAUGCUCUGGGGAGCCCGUUUAUCAGCCUUCCUUCUCUUCCGAAUCUUGAACACUGGCACUGACACCCGAUUCGACGACAAGAGAGACAAGUUCUUCCCGUUCCUCGGAUUCUGUCUUUCAGAUGACAUACAGAAAUAUCGCUUCAAGCAAGGUCCAGGCAAGGAACCGGGUGCUGUUUGUGAUGUUGGCUUCUUCAACUGGUCCAGACACCCCAACUACUUUGGCGAGAUCAUGGUGCAGGUUUCGAUCUACAUCAUUGCCGUCACCCCGGCAAGCUACGGCACCGUCCCGUCAGGAUCCGGAGCAUACGCAGCACUGUACGCCUCUUGUGUUGGCUUCAUCUUCCUCACGACACUGCUCAUGUUUGUCUCUGGCCUUACGCUCCAAGAGCGACCAGGUGCGAAGAAGAGAUACGAGAAGGGCAAUGGCUGGCACGCGUAUGAGAAGUACUUGCAGGAAACCAGUAUUCUCAUUCCAAUGCCACCUGCGAUCUGGAAGAGACUACCCACGAUAGUGAAGAGAACGGUCGGACUCGAAUUCCCCAUCUACGUUUUCGAUCCUGCCAAGCAUGCCGACCCAGAUGCAGUGAAGCAGAACCGGGCUGAGCAGGGACGCUCAGAGAGUGACGCCGAUGGCAAUCGCCCAAGCAGUGAGCCACUAACACAGUGAUUGCUGCGGCGAAGACUCAUUGAGGGUAUUCCGACAUCACGCGGUCUACAGCGUUCAGCAUUGCCAGCAUUUUCUGUAAAUCUAGGAUAGAUCUCCUUCGAACGACCUAAUCAUGU